AUAAAGCAAAUGAAGCAAGUAUUAGUAUCAUUUAUAAUAAAAUUAUGAGUAUAAUAAAAUAUAAUUAUAAACGUCCUGCGUAACAUUCAUACGCUAUCGAAUAGCGAAUACAAAUGAAAAUCGUUCGAUGGGAAUUUCAAAAUAAAAGAAAAAGAAAAUUUAAAGAUACCAUAAAAUGUCAUCCGUGGCUCGGUUUCCCUCCUAUGAGAAAACGAACAAUUACAAAAUUCCUACGAACACCGUAAACAACCUUUGUAGCGAUACGUUUUUUCUACCUACAGAGGUUGCUAUACACGAUACACCAGAUGAUUGUUGGGUCUCGUUCAACGAUGGCGUAUACGAUUUAACCGAUCUCUGCAAAGUUUGGUCCGGUACCAGAGAAAUCAAGCCAAUAUUGGCUCACGCAGGUAAAGAUAUAAGUCACUGGUUCGAUCACGAGACAAACGAUAUCAGAUAUCACGUUCAUCCCGUUACCGGAGUCUUGGUGCCUUAUUGUCCCCAUGGACCGAUACCGGAUGUCAAUCCUCACGUGGUACCUACGUCUGCAUGGCGACCACUCGACAGAUGUCCUUGGUGGCUCGAUGGAACUUAUCGAAAGGGACACUUGACCAGAAACCCAAGGCCAUGUAGAAUUUUAAACGUCCUUACUGGAAUACAAGUUGUUAUAAUGGUUUGCGAGGAAGAUUCCAUCAGGCGUAUUCAAGAGCGCGUCCUUCUUUACAAUGCAAAUGGAACGUCUUAUACGUGGAAGUUCGAAGGAAAGGAUUUGGAUCUUGAUUCGACGCUAACUGAAAAUGGCAUUCCGGACGAACGGGACCGUUUCGUUGCUUGCGGACUCCCUGAUGAUUACUAUGUCCCGUGUCUUAUGUGUUAUUAUAACGAUCCAUGUUCUUGUAAAACGGAACAAUGAACACUUUCGGAGAAACGCAUGAGUUUAUUCGAGUGCAAGAUUAGAAUUCGAUGUUAUAUACUCAUUUAUUAUCUUCAACUAUUACGUACUUCUCUUUGUUAUAUUACAGUCUCGACAUUUAUAACUUCUUCCAAUUACGAUUUUACUUUGAGAAAAAGAUAUCAAAUUUGAUUAAACGUAAUUAUGAAUUAUGAUAAUUCAUGUUUAUCGUCCGCUUUUGUUUACCUCGCGAUUUCUUAUUUUAAUAAAUUCGUAUAAAGAAACCUUUAUUGCUCGAUGUUUACUUCGCACAACGUAUUUCGAUCACGUUCAAACGGUUUUCAUCAUCCUCUCGACGCUUGUUCCCGGAAUGUCGUUCGGUUACUAUUUGAUUUUUCGUCGGGUUUUGCAUCGUUUCUGAAACGUAACAUAAGAACGGAGGAUCGUAUACAGCGAGUUACAAUCAUUUGUUCGACGCGUCAGCACGCGUCUAUUUGUACACAAAUCAAUAGUAUUCUAUCGGUGAAAAAUGUUUAGUGCCUUUGAAAAAUAUUUAAAGUAACUUCGGGAAGAAAAAAAUGCGACAUGUUCCCGUUUGUAAUUCGUGCAAAUUUCAUCUCGCGUAUUCUCCAAGGACGAUUUUGUCGUUCUUCGAUCUGCCAGGACUCGUUUCCAUUUCCAAGGAGGAAACAGUUCAUUUUAGGAAUGUGCUUUCCUACGCAUUGUAAUUAUUUCUCUUCGAAAUCCAUGAAAGUAGCCGUUCUUGGAGCCGCGAGUAAAACCGGUAAACAAUUUUGGGUAAAUUUUCUAUUCUGUAACAUCGUACUAUAGGAAGUUGUUCUUUUUAAAACUGGUAGACAAUUUAGGUUAAAUUUGUUUAAAUUUCCUAUUCU